AUGAAGCCAGAAACAGCUGGGGGCUGCCUGCUCCUCCUGCUGCUGCUGGCCGCGGUGCUGACGGGAACCCGCGCUCAUCCUGUGCCUGGGGACACCAGGCUCCCACCAGAUGCAAAGGAAUGCCACCUAGCCCGGUUCAAGUCUCUGGCCCCGCAGGAGCUGAAGGCCUUCAGGAAGGCCAGGGAUGCCAUAGAAGAGUGGCUGCUCAAGAAAGAUGUCAAGUGCAGCUCCCGCCUCUUCCCCAGAGGCUGGGACCUACAGCAGUUGCAGGUCCAGGAGCGCCCCAAGGCCCUGCAGGCUGAUCUGGCCCUGACACUGGAGGUCCUGGAGAACGUGACUGAUUCAGCCCUGGGCCCCAUCCUGCACCAGCCUCUUCACACACUGCGCCACAUCCAGUCCCAGCUGCAGGCCUGUACACAGUCUCAGCCCACAGCAGAGCCCGGGUCCCAGAGUCACCGCCUCUCCCGCUGGCUGCACAAGCUCCAGGAGGCCCAGGAGAAGGAGACCCCCGGCUGCCUGGAGGACUCUGUUAAUUCCAACCUCAUGCGCCUGCUCCUCCGGGACCUGAAGUGUGUGGCCAUGGGAGAUCAGUGUGUAGAAGUGUCCAUGGCCUUGCAGGCUAAGACGCCCCAGACAAUGAAGGUCUUGGAGAGUGGGGGAGUUGACUCAGUUCUGGACGACAUCCUUGUAUUCAUUACCGUCAUGUCGCCCACACCCCAGGCACCAGAGCCGCCUUCUCUUUUCCUAGUUGCACAGGCUCCGGGAGGUCCAGAAGACGAUGAGUCUGGGGAGGACACUGGGGUCUGCAGCGCCUACGAGCCCUGA